UUCGAUAAGUGAGUGUUCAAACCUCUGCAGCAAGAUGUUUGUUCUGGUAGCGAUUGUUGUGGUGUAUUUUUCUUACUUCUUACUAAAUUACCAUCGAAAGCGGCAAGAAGUGCUCAAAGUGUUGCCGUUCUUCAAUGGACCACAGCCGGAUUAUUUUCUUGGUUGCACAUCUAUGUUCAAGGACAAAUCUAUGCCGGAAAUAUUUGACAUCAUUAACGACUGCCAUCGCAUCUACGGCAAGGAUGUAUGCUUCAUCGGAGCAUUCAAUGAUAUGGAGCUACAGAUCUCCUCGGCUCGCAAUAUAGAGAAACUACUGCUGGCAAAAAAUACGAAAAAAUCCUACCAAUAUGACUUCCUCGAACCUUGGCUCGGUACCGGUUUACUGCUAUCGUUCGGCGAGAAAUGGUUCCAGCGGCGAAAGAUCAUUACACCUUCGUUCCAUUUUAAGAUUCUCGACCAAUUUAUGGACGUGUUCAAUAAGGAGGCUGACACACUUGUCACCAAGCUCGAACGGCACGUGAAUCAGAAAGAAUUCAAUAUCUACGAUUACAUCACGCUCUACGCGCUGGAUAGCAUUUGUGCGACCUCGAUGGGAGUUCACAUUAACGCACAAGAAGAUCCCAACAACGAGUACGCGCAGGGUGUAAAGAAGAUAUCCGAGUACGUUUUUCGACGCAUCUUUAGCGUACUGCGCCAGUUCCCGGCUCUGUUUGUGCUGUACUCGUAUGCGAAGGAUCAGGGUAGAGUUAUUAAGCGACUGCAUGACUUCACUAAUUCUGUAAUUGAUAAGCGAAGGAAACAAUUGACUAAGCAGAGCAAAGUUCACCAGGAGGAUGAUUUCUCCAAGCAUCGCGAUACGUUUCUCGAUCAACUAUUGAAGGUAAAGAUCGAUGGACGACCGCUCAGUACGGCUGAUAUUCGCGAGGAAGUGGAUACGUUCAUGUUCGAAGGACACGAUACCACAACAUCUGGGAUUUCGUUCACAAUUCUUCUGCUAGCCAAACAUCAGGACAUUCAACAGAAGCUGUUCGAAGAGAUCGAAACAGCGUUGGGAGAUUCGGCAGCAACCGUGUUUCUGACCAACUCUCUUCUCCAAGAGCUAAAGUAUCUUGAUAUGGUGAUAAAGGAGUCAUUACGCUUGGUACCUCCGGUACCCUUCAUUGGACGCAAACUUCUCGAAGAUAUGGAACUGAAUGGCACCAUCAUUCCCGCUGGGACAACCUUAUCACUCAACAUCUUCGCCCUUCACCGCAACCCGGAAGUAUUUCCCGAGCCAGAAAAGUUCAUCCCGGAGCGUUUUUCGGACGAGAAUCAUAUCAAACGUGCUCCAUACGAUUACAUUCCAUUCAGUGCUGGCUCCAGAAACUGUAUCGGUCAGAAGUAUGCGCUGCUAGAGAUGAAAGUUACCAUCGUGAAGCUGUUGGCAAGUUACCGUAUACUGCCCGGAGAGUCCAUCGAUCAAGUACGCUACAAGGCCGAUCUUGUCAUCCGUGCCGAGGGUGGGAUACCGGUGAAGCUCACCAAAAGAAAUUAACUUGAGGAAUACUUCAUUAACAAACUAACGUCGUCGUCUAAUC